GUUUAUAUGUUUAACGUGUUUGAUUAGUAAUUAGUUAGUUUGAGUUAUCCGAUUUAGAAGAUUAGUGUAGAACACUGUGGCCUGUCUUUGAAACAGCUUGGGUGAUCGUUAGGAAUAGAACGUGAAGGAACACCUCCUGACUAGCGCGUUGCAACAUGCAAUUUACCUUGCGUGUUAUUCAUCAAGAUAAAUUUGUAUCUAGUAGUUGUACGUAAUGUUAUGCAUUAUAAGGGUCCAGAUCGGAAUUGUAGUAAGAUAUUUUACUUCUGAUUCGGCCCACCGUUAAAUUUGUAGCCACAGUCUAACCUAGUCACUUUUCCCAACCAUUAAUGAAUUCCACGACUAUCUGGAAUAUACGAUAAUGAUAACACAUGUCCCGGAGAAACAGUCUGAUUUUAUGUAACCCCAUGCCCAAAUGUUAUGUUCUUAAACACAUUCAGUUUAGUAGAAUACCUUGUAACAGAGGUUCGUAUAUAUGUAUCUUAUUUAUUGGUUGUACUUAAUAUGGUAGCUUAUGUGCUUAGGCAUUGAAAGUACAUUUGUUAGUGCAACUUGCCCUUAGCAGAUCGAUUAUUUGAAAUCUAAUAAGGCAGUUAGGAGAAGCUGUUGGUAUCAUCAAUUAAUAAGAGCAUCACUGUGUUGAUGUAGUGUGAUACAGCCAGUACGUGAUGACUGCAGACACAGAAAAGGAGCAGGGUACUGCUCCAAAAAGCACCCACUGUUUAAUAUGCAACAGCAGAGUUGGUGUCUCAACUCGUAAUAGCCUUGAGAUCUUCCAUAAAACCAUAGUAACAACAUCAGAAAGACCAUUGUCAUAUACCAUUGGAGCAGUGCUGGGUCAGGAAAUGAGUGAGGAUUCAGUUCAUAGUAAUGUAAUCUGUAAGAAGUGUUUCAAGUUGAUUAAUGAAGUUGACGAAAUAGAAACUCGAUUAGCAGAGCUGAAAUUGGAACUUACAACAAACUAUCAACGAACACUAAAGAUUCAGAGUGAUGGUGGAAAACACUCACCAACCUUAGAUGAUGAUGACCGCAAGUUGCCUCUUGGUUCUGAUGAUGGGAAUGUUAGGAAAAAUAUUCUACAAGGAUCUCGGAAGAAAAUGGUAUCCAAGAAAAUGAAGCCAUCUUCUUCUCACAACAGUGAAGAGGACUAUGAACAGAAGGAAAAUACUCUCUGUGAAGUGGAACUGUCAGAACAUGACAGUGACAGUGACAUGAACCAAGAUGUUAUUGUAACUGCAAAAGUUGGUACUGAAGAUGAUCCUGAUUGUGAAGUGAAAAUAAAAAUUGAACCUGAUGAUGACACUGAUAGAGAAAAUGUUGCUAAAAGGAAGAUGUUCAAGAAGAAAUCACAAAGGCUGGAAUUACAAGAAUCAGAGAUUCCAGACAAGGUAGUGGAGAAGGAAGGUGUGGAUUUUGUAUGUUUGCUUUGUAAUGGUGAUGAGAAAAUACUGGGAGACAUGAAAGGAAUGGUGAACCACCUGAAGAGCCACCACAAUAUUCGUAUAUACAUUUGUGAUAUAUGUGGACAAGACUUUAGAAAACGCAAUGAAUUAUCUGUUCAUCUGGAUGAUCAUGUAGCAACAGAAGAAGGUGACUUCCAGUGUGAGGUUUGCAAUCGAAUUUUUAGUAACUUGCGUCUGUUCCGUGUGCACAAACGCAUGCACUAUCCACAAACAAAAUUGUGGACAUGUGAGACAUGUGGGAAGCGUUACAGCUCAAGAAACCUUCUGGAUGAACACAUCAACACCCAUACUGGGGUUAGACCUUAUGUUUGUGAGGCAUGUGGCAAGGAUUUUGCGUCUAAGUACACAUACAAGGCACAUACGAAAACCCAUGAAGUGCGUCCUCGGCCCUUCUCAUGUGGAGACUGUGGAAAGACAUUCCUGAGUGCACAGAAUCUCUCACAACAUGAGCGUACACAUACUGGGAUGCGAAAUUAUGUGUGUGACCAAUGUGGUAAGGCAUUUGGUACAGCACGCAACUUGGAAGUACAUAGUGUGGUGCACUCUGGAUAUAAACCAUUCAUUUGUCGUACCUGUGGGAAAGCCUUUGCACGUAAGGCAGAAAUUCGUGAUCAUGAACGCACUCACACAGGUGAGAAACCCUACCAGUGUGAAUUCUGCGGUGCAACAUUCAGCCAACGCAGCAAUCUGCAGUCACAUAAACGAGCCACACAUUACCAGGAUAAACGCUACAAGUGUGAAGAUUGUGGUAAGGGCUUCAAGCGUCGCCGCCUGUUGGAUUAUCACGUCAAGGCCGCUCAUACAGGUGAACGGCCAUACAAGUGCCCUACAUGUGAUGCCACAUUUGUGUACCCAGAACACUUCAAGAAACACCGCCGUAUUCACACAGGUGAAAAACCAUUUCGCUGUGAAGUGUGCGGGAAGGCAUUCAACAGCCGUGACAAUCGCAAUGCACACCGUUUUGUGCACAGUGACAAGAAGCCAUAUGAAUGCCUUGUCUGUGGCAUGGGAUUCAUGCGGAAACCUCUGCUGUACAACCACAUGCAAUCACAAGGCCACCUGAAUGAUACCAUUGUGGUGAAUCAACCACGACUCGCUUCAGACGAAGAUCUGGCUGCUGAGGCUGCUGCAGCAGCAGCAGAAGCUGAAGCAGAAGCUGCAGAAUUGGAGAUGACGAUUGUGGGAGAUGAUUCAGGUCAUCACCAGGAGGAGACAAAGUUGUACAUUGCUGAACUGAAGGAGCAUGUAAUCAUUCAGCAAGAUGGUGGUGACCGCUGUUAUGCAGAAAAGACUGUUGUUAUGGGCAGUGAUGACUCAGAUUUGAAGGAUGGUAGUGAGCAGCACAUAGUGCAAGAGGCUGUAGAACAUCUGAUUAUUGAUGGUCAGGUUCAUUUUGCUGAUCCUAAUGAAAUAGCUAACAUCCAUGCUGACAUAGGUUCAGUAGCUGAGAUCACCACCACCACAUCCAGUUACGCGAGAGGAGGAGAGGGGCGUCACACCCUGGUCGUUCCAGCCACUCCUCAUAUGCUUUCCUCUGCAGGUUCAACGUAUGAUGAGGCCCAUGGUGUGGCUGAAGAUGGAACGGCUAUUGCUGCUCUGGCACCUACACAGGCACUUCAAACUAAUUCUGGCCCUGUUCACCUGGUGCAGAUCAGGAUUCCUGCAUCUGAACAUAGUAAUCGAACAUGGUUCAAUAUUGUAGAAAAUCAGUAGUGAAGUGGUUAUGCAUAUCUUGAAAUUGUGAUGAUACAGGUAGAGGCAAGUGACAGAAGUCAACUAACAGUGUCAGGAAUUUCAAUCAUUUAUUGUGAUUUGUGAAAGAAAUGAUGUUUUGCUUCAUUUCAUGUUGUAGAAUAUUGUUGCAACUCAAUUAAAAUUCAUGAAUGUGUGAAUGUUGACGAAGUGUAAGUGAAAGCAAUGGAGAUGUAUGAUCAUGAGCCUGAGUGUGCUCUGCAUUUUUUAUAUAAUACUUUUUUGCCAGUCUUUAUGUUUUCAUUAAUAGCACAGCCACUGGUAUGUUGACAGGUGUUCAGCAUAAUAUUUCUUGCAGUGGUAUUUUGUUUAGUUUUGUUUGAAAUACUGAACUUUCACUCAGCAUAAAUGCUGCAAGAUUCAUCACACAGUUGUUUGCAUAAGGGAUGUGUAAUGUUUACCUGCCAGAUUUACAUUUUGACAGUAUGUGUAGCAUGCUUCAAGAAACUGGGACAUGCAUUGCAAAUGAAAUACAUUAUUUUUUACAAGUUUCAUUUCAGAAAAUAAGAGUCACACGAUUUCAUUGUAAAAUAUAAGCAAGUCAAGAAAUAUGUGUAUAUGUGGACCUCAUUGCAACACCAGGUAUGUUAUUACAUUAUGUUGGGUGUUCGUAAUUGCCCACAGUUAUACUGUAAUUCUGCACGCAUAUUAAAUACAUUACUGCUACAUGAA